CGGCCUCGUCCGACGGUUUCCUGCUUCUGACUUCUUACUGAGCCGACGGCGCUGUUCUCGCUGCCGCGAAGCAUCCCUGAUACCGCGUGGGCCCGACCGAGACGGACUGUGCCGUACCGACUCUCAGCUCAGGCUCCAGCCCGGCACUCGCCCCCGCCUCCGCCCCGUCCCCGCUCCCCAACGUCCCCCCCACCGCAGCGCGAAGAUGCUGACGCACAUCCCGGUCCCGUUGCUGCCCGCGCCGCCGUCGUGGUUCCCGGGGCACAUGCUGCAGUUCCAGCGGAUGCUGCCUGGGCUGCUGAACAAGACGGACGUCGUGCUCGAGCUGCGCGACGCGCGCCUGCCGCUCACGAGCAUCAAUCGGAACUUCGAAGGUGCCCUACAAAAGUGGAGACGCGAACGAGGCAGAGCUGUCUCGACGGAGCUGUUCGACCCCUCGGCCCCCAAGCCUCCACCACCAUUACCCGGCACGAGUGCUAUUCCUGCGUGCGAGCGGGUCGUGGUGUUCAACAAGCGCGAUUUGGUUCCGGAAUGGGGCAUCAAGCCGUUUCAACGCGCGAUGGAGAAAAAAUUCCCUGAUCAGCGAACUUUUCUCGCAUCCUGGAAUAGGACGCGGGAUAUCAAAGCUUUGAACGAGCUCCUAGUCAGUGUGGCAAAAGAACACCCGCAUAGACCGGAGCUAAACGUCCUGGUUGUUGGCAUGCCCAACGUUGGAAAGUCGACGCUAUUGAACGCCCUUAGGAAUAUUGGAAUCGCCGGACCAACACCGAAGGCGCUGCGGACGUCUGCGCAGCCAGGCAUGACGCGCGUAUUAUCGACUCGUCUUAAGCUCUCGGCCGAUCCACUUGUCUAUUCGUACGACUCCCCUGGUGUCAUGUUGCCCUUCCUCGGCAACGGCGACAAAGGCGCUGAGCGCGGCGUGAAGCUCGCACUCAUCGCCGGGAUCAAGGAGGGCUUAUACGACACGGAGACGCUGGCGUCGUAUUUAUUGUACCGGCUGAACGUCCUGGACCCUGCCUCCCCAGCAUACCUGCGCCUGCUCCCGCCAGACACGCCCCCGGUGCUCGAUGUUUGGGAGUUCCUGGAGCUGCUCGCGAAGCGCCUGUGCAUGCUCAAGCGGGGUGGGAUACCAGACACCUCCCGCGCUGCGGUGUGGUUCAUCAGGUGGUGGCGCGAGGAAGGCGGGCUGGCCUCUGCGGCCGCCCCGGCGCUGCCUGCGUACGCGCUCGGCGAGGGCGUGCAAAGCUAUCGGCGCGGAUGGGGGUUCGACUUUGAGUGGGACGUGAAUGGCGCGGAGGCCGGGCGCUACGACGAGGCGCUUAUCCAGACGAAGAUGGAGGACUGCAUCGACCGCUUUGAAAAGGCGGCGAAGGAGGAGGAGCGCGAUGGCGGUGCAAUCAGCUCGACACAGGAGAAGAAGCGGGCGAAGGAGGCCAUGCGCACCCGCCAACAGGCACGCUCAAAGGCCAGGCUGGCCACGAAGCGUUCGCGGUAGUAGAGGUGUACACGGCCGUCGCCCCAAAACCGAUGCGGUGGGUCUUCUCGACAGUCAUUGCUCGAAGAUUCAGUAGCGACGGCCGCUCUGCCCGCCUACGGCGCGCUGUUAAAGAGUUGCUCGGAUACCGACUUCAAACCCCGUCGCCAAGUACAUACACCGGCCACCCGCUUCCCAUGCAUAUCAACGGCCUUCAGCAGCCUGCGUGCACGGUCGUAGGUACCCUCCAGUACCACCUACCCCUACAAACAUAUACUACAGUAAUGCGAUAGUGCUCGGGCACACCCGCCCAUCCC